AUUGAAUCCGCUUGCUGCGUUUAGAGGGUUUCUUUCGUUGGGUGGCGACGAAGAGAGAGAAGACUAUAUCGACGAGAGAAGGGAUUCCGGCGACAGCGGAAGAAGCGCCGAAGGAGGGGCGGAGAGAAACCAAGAGAGAAAGAGAGAGAGCAGGCACGGGGAGCUGCGCGGUGAGAUUUCUGGCGAGCUGCUCGGGUGCUGGGACCUUCGAGAUUUCCGGCGAGGGAGGGCAAGACAGGAGAGCGACACGUCAGAGCAGGAGAAAUGAAAUGUCUUCCGAUGAUGUUAAGAUCUGUAAGUGGCUUAUCGUGCCAAUUCCGCGCCCCAUGGAUGAUUAGAACGUUCUCAAUGAAGUCAAACUCAGGUGGUGAUGGCAAUGAAAGGAAAAGUAGCGGUUUCUUUGAGUCGGCUGACGAUUUUGAGCAGCGUAUCUUUAGUGGAGUUUCAGAAAACAUUCCAAAUACCGAUUCCUUUUAUCAAAAGCUUGAUAGGCUUGAAAAGGCCCGUGGAAGAUUUGGUACCGGCUCUAGAGGAAAUGAUGGCAAUAACUAUCAAUUCAUGGAUGGCCUGGAUGAGAGUUUCAAUUCAUUGUCAGAUGGGAUGGAUGGGAAGUUGAAGAAAGCUGCCACCUAUUUUGCUCAUAGUGAUGAGAUGAAUAAUGACGACUAUGCAUUCAGACCAGACAUUUCCUUUAGAUCUGGGAUGUCGUAUACUACUAAGGAUCUUGAUCUUACAAAGCCUGGAAUACGUAAAAGUUUCAAACGAUCAGAGUUUGAUGUGACGACAGAAGAAGUUCUAAGGAAAGCCGAUUUUCGGAAUGUUAGAUUCCUUGCCAACUUUAUUACAGAAGCCGGGAUCAUCAUCAAAAGAAGCAAGACACGCAUUAGUGCGAAAGCUCAGAGGAAAGUUGCUCGGGAGAUCAAGACAGCCCGCGCAUUUGGGCUGAUGCCCUUCACUACGAUGGGGACAAAGGCAUUUGUUUUUGGGAAUACGAUGGAAGAUUUUAUCAUGGACUAUAAAUUCGAUGGCUACAACGCCUCUCCUAUGGCUGUUGAGGCUGAGGAAAAGAAGGCUGUUGAGGCUGAGGAAAAGGGUCCCAUCUAGCUUGAGACCAUGCGAAUAGAUGGCCUCAAUGCUUGGUACCAGGUUGAAUCAAGGUUGGUCUUGGAAAUAGGUUAGUCAUAAAAAGGAUCGGAUCUCCAAUUACAUCAAUCCAUGGUCGUUUAUGAGUGCAUCUCUGGUUUUGGUCUUCUUACUUGAAGGAUUUUUGUUGUAACCCUAGUUUAAGAUUCUUUUCAUUCAUGCAGUCCGACUGCAGGAAGGCUACUCGUGUUAAUCAUAUUAGCAAAUGCGUCAAUCAAACAGGACCACACAACUGAUAGAUUGGCCAAUGGCCAAAUGCAAGAAAGCUGCAUCAAUGGCUGUUUCAAACCAUUCAAUGUCUUUCUUUC